AUGGCCGACGCGGGAAACAACCAGCAAAAGGCUAAGUCCCUCCAGACUACGAAGACACCUGAGCCUCGUUUGGACCAGCAACUCGCCAACGGUCAGGACAACGGCAACAACACCCCCAGCACUCCGGGUGUCUUUCCGGCUUUUGACUGGGACGAUUUCGAAGCCAGGUACGAGAAGGCUCUCGCCGAUGCAGACGAGAAGGAGCGCGAGCUCUUGCUCGAAUUCGACGGUCUUGUCAAGUACUUCAACGUCUGGGCAUCCACUUCCAGCGCCCAUGACAAUGAGCGCGCAGUCAAGCGCCUUCAUACCAGACAGAGAUUUGUCAAUCUGGAGGAACAGAAUAUGGCUCAGAAGCAGGAACACAUGACUGAGGAGGAGCAAUCACAAUGUUUGAUUAUCUGUGCAAAAUACUGCACAAAACACAUGUUCGACUUCCCAAGCAGGAGCGCGCUGCUCCGGGCGCCCAACGCGCUGAUCCUGCGGUCCUCCCAUCCAAAUAUUCAACUUACCUACUUCCUUCUUACAAUAAUUUCCUUCUCUCAAAUCUUCCUCCACCCAACUUCCUUCCUUCAACACCCAUCUCCAUCAUAUCUUCCCUCAUUCAACCGCUUUCCCUACAAAACACCCACACCAAAAAAAAAAAAACCAGUCAAGAAGCACCACAUCAACCCACCAACCUCAAGCUUCCACCCAGGCUGGCUGGCCCAAAUGAUGCCAUCGUUUGCUGCACCAAGCGUCAGCAAUAACGACUUGGUAGCAUUCUUCGAGGCUCAUUUCUCUGGUGCGGCAGUCCGCAAUUUCCAAGCUGAUUUUUUGAAUCCAAAUCAUCAGCCGGACGCUGCAACCACCAAUGCCUCAGUCGAAGAAGAUGGCGACGUCUUCGAGGAAGAAUACGAUCUCGGCUACUAUUACGAUGGCGUCAAACGAACACUCACUGACGACCAAAUCGCCAUGUUUCGCCAUUCUGAGCUCGAAACCAUCAAGCGAGAGCAAGAGCGACGUUCAACGGCAGUACGCCAGGCAGGUGAGACUGGCGAGGAUGGCACCCUUCGGGCUGCCGAGCCAUCUCGCCCGCCGGGCAAAACUGCUAAGAACAAGAAGAAGAAACGGGGGAAGGGCAAGGGCCAAGAGCCCAAGCCCGACCUCCGCAAACGCACAUGGGAUGUCGUCGAGUCGGGGCUUGACACCCUCGACUACGAUUGA